AUGUUGCUGCUCCACCGCGUAUCGCUGUGCCUGAUGGCCCUCACACUGCUCUGCCUCAUGGCGAUCUCUUUGGUCGACGGCCAUCGUGCCCGUACAUCGGGCGUGGCCCGCUACAUUCCCAGCUGCAAGCGGGCCACCAGCGCCUGCCUCCUCCAGCCCGAGGAGACUGAGGGUCCCUACUAUUGGGACUCAUCUGUGCGCUCCAACAUCACCGAAGGGAAGGAAGGCGUGCCGCUGACACUGAAGCUGACGGUGGUGAACGUCGAUGACUGCGAACCGAUCUACAACGCGUCGAUCUCGCUGUGGCACUGCGACGCGCUCGGUAUGUACAGUCACUACACGGCCGCCGGCGCCGGUGGCCUCUCCGACUCGUCGCCGGCCAAGGACAACACCACCUUCCUCCGCGGCAUCCAGUUCACCGACGCCGACGGCCUCGCCACGUUUCUCACCAUCUUUCCAGGCCACUACGUGAGCCGCGACACCCACAUCCACCUCAAGGUCCACAUCAAUGGCACCACGGUCCACACGGGCCAGCUGUUCUUCAACGAGUCGCUCAACGACGCCGUCAACGCGCUGUCGCCCUACAACACCAACCCGGACACGCGCACGCAGCUGGACGAGGACUCGAUCUACACCGGCACUGAGAACGCGUCGUACGGCCUGCUGUCCGACGUCCAGUUCGUGGACGAGGCAGGGUCGUACUCGGGCGGCCUGGUGGCAGCGCUCGCGCUCGGCGUCAGCACUUCAUCUUCGGCUUCGCCGUCGCCCAGCCCUACCGGUACCGGUCAGGGCAACAGCGAAACCAGCUGUGGCUCGCGGCUGGCCGUGUCAUUGCCGCUCGUCACAUCCGUCAUCUUGUAA